ACCGAUGGUCAGAAGUUUAUCCGCCUUUAUAUUUACCCCUCGUUCUACGGCAACGAUUUCCUUCGUGCCGACUCUUUCUUCUCCGUCAGAGUAGGAUCUCACACUCUUUUGCAAGACUUCAACGCUUCAAGCAUCGCUGAUGUCACUGGCCAAGAAACCAUUUCACGAGAGUAUUGCGUCAACGUUGUUGACCGCGGUGAGGGGCUUACCAUAACCUUCAAGCCCAACGGAUCUUAUCCAAACGCCUACGCUUUCGUCAACGGGAUUGAGAUCAUCUCUAUGCCCCCCUUUCUGUACUACACCAAGCCUGAUGACCAACAAUCUAUGCGGCUAAGUGGUGGAAACAUGCAGUUUCCGGUCCAGAAUGACAGUGCUCUGGAGACUUUGUACAGAGCUAAUGCUGGCGGACGUCAGAUUCCUUACGAUAAAGACACAGGCAUGUUUCGCUAUUGGGACCAGGAUAAUGACUACUUGGAGAGGGAGCGAUCGACAAGUAUUUCAGCAGGUUUUGGUUUAGAUCCAAUUUACAGAGAUGAUCAAAAUUAUUUUGCACCUGAUGAAGUAUACAUGACUGCCAGAAAUUAUGGGAUGAAAGAAACGUCCAAAUUUAAUGUGACUUGGGAAUUUGAAGUUGAAUCAGAGUUUUUUUAUAUGGUGAGAUUGCAUUUUUGCGAGUUUGAUGAACACAUUGAAAAAGCUGGAGACAGAGUUUUCCAAAUCUUCAUAAAUGAUGCUUUGGUGGAGUCUGUCGCCGAUGUGAUGUUGUGGACUAAGAGUCAGAGAAACGUCCCUGUCCAUAGGGACUAUGCGGCAUCGAUGCAGGGCAAGGGAAGCUUGAAGAAGCUCAAUCUUUCAAUUAAGUUGCAACCACAUCCAGCUGCGAGAAGCACUUACAGAGAUGUUUUAUUAAAUGGUAUUGAAAUUUUUAAAAUAAGUGGCUCAAAUAACCUUCGAGAUUCCAAUCCUUCUUCCUCACGCAGGAACCGAGAAAAAAAAAUAAGAAUAAUUUCUCUAGUAGUGGGGUCGGCUGUCGGCUUCAUUUUGCUAUCUCUCAUCGUUUUGCUGGCUUAUUUUCAAUUGCCUAGAGCUGCAAUCAAAGAAGGAAAUUCCCGGUGGAGACCAAAAUCAGUACCAACGUCAGAAAUAAACAAAUCCUCAAUGUUAUUAUCUGAUCAGUGUCGGUGCUUUUCAAUUAGCGAGGUAAAAGCAGCCACUAAUAAUUUUGAUGACAGCUUAAUUAUAGGUGUCGGAGGGUUUGGCAAUGUCUAUAAAGGCCAAAUUGACAACGGUUCAGUUGUUGUGGCAAUCAAAAGGCUCAGAGAAGGUUCACAACAAGGGCUCAAAGAGUUCCAAACUGAGAUUGAAAUGCUCUCUCAACUUCGACACCGUCAUUUAGUGUCUCUUAUCGGUUAUAGCACAAAUCGCAAUGAGAUGAUCCUUGUUUACGAGUUCAUGGCUCAUGGGACCGUACGUGACCAUCUUUAUGAGUCUGAUCAUCGCCCGCUUUCUUGGCAUCAAAGGCUGGAGAUUUGUCUAGGUGCAGCACGAGGAUUGCACUAUUUACAUACAGGUGCGAAGAACACUAUCAUUCACCGUGACAUCAAGUCAACAAACAUCCUGAUAGACGAGAACUGGAUGGCCAAGAUUUCAGAUUUUGGACUCUCCAAAAUAGGACCCUCCGGAAUGACGAGGUCCAACAUUAAUAUAAGCACAGUAGUAAAAGGAAGCAUUGGAUAUUUGGAUCCAGAGUAUUACAUGUGUCAAAGAUUGAUGGAGAAGUCGGAUGUGUACUCCUUUGGAGUGGUCCUUCUGGAGGUAUUGUGUGGGAGGCCUCCUAUCAUUCGUGCAGUGGAGAGGCAGCAACAAAACCUUGUAGAGUGGGUUCGAAGAUGUGUCGAUGAGAAUAAGAUUUAUGAGACGGUGGAUCCAUUCAUCAAGGAAUACACAAAGAUUGCUUUACAGUGCUUAGCUGAUGAUGGGAAUGAACGGCCGUCCAUGGGCGAUGUGAUGUUGGGCCUCGAGUCUGUGAUGGAGACACUGAACAGAGCAAAGAAAGCAGAGCUUGGUGGAGCUUUGAAUGAAGAGAUUACUUUUGACGAAGGGUAGGCUUUCAAUGGGUGGUGGCCAUUUACAACCUCGUGUGGUCCUUCAGUGUUCGCCAAUAUCAAAGGUAUUAAUUGCAUGCCCCAUCACUACAAUAUCGUUUUGUUUUUAGUGAAUCUUCCAAGCAAGUUGCGAAGCACAAUUGUAAUCGAACAAAAGGCACUUGUUGCCUGCAUAAUUAUAGUUUUAAAUGGGCAAUAUUUAAAAAAAGUAAUUUUUUGAA